AUGCCAGCGGUACUUUCUAAGAUUUCCGACUUAUUAAAGUUUUCCUCAAGUAAUGCUAAUAUUGCGAAAAUAAGACAAUUGAUUGAACGAAUAUGGAGUAUAUAUAAAAAUAAUCGGACAACACUGGGAUGGUCAAUCUGGAUUUUUUCUGUUUAUUUCCUUUAUGUCAGAAAUCGUAGUUCUCCAAAAAAAAAACGUAUUACUAAAGAACGAGAAAGUACCGCUGAAACUGCAAAUGAAGGUGAAAAACCAAAGAGCAGUAAGGUGGAGGUCGAUAGCGUCUUUUUUGAACGAUUGAAAAAGUUGCUCAGGAUUAUAAUUCCGGGUAUAAGAUCAAAAGAAUUAUGGCUUUUGAUUAUUCAUUCAUUCUUCUUAGUAUUCCGGACUAUAUUGUCGGUAUAUGUUGCUGCCUUGGAUGGUCGAAUCGUUAGUGCUUUGAUAAGAGGAAAUGCAAAGGAUUUCUUAACUGGAAUAGUGUGGUGGAUGACAGUCGCCAUCCCUGCUACUUAUACUAAUAUGGAUACAAUGAAAUUUUGUAAUUCACUCUCUGAACUUUAUUCUAAUUUGGUCAAACCGAUUUUAGAUGUAUUCAUCUAUAACUUACAAUUGGUAAAAAAUGUCGGUGGCGAGGGUUUGUUUGGUGUUUCGUUGAUCGCACAUUUAUCAUCAGUCGUUUUAAGAGCCUUGACUCCUUCAUUUGGAAAAAUGGUAGCAGAAGAACAGAGGUUAGAGGGUGAAUUCCGCUUUACACAUUCACGUCUCAUUGAAAAUGCUGAAGAAGUUGCUCUCUAUUCUGGUCACGAAGUUGAAAAGUCCAUCCUAGAUCGUAAUUACUUUGCUUUAAUCAAACAUGUUAAUAGAAUUUUCCGUAAGCGUAUUUAUCAUGGCAUGAUGGAAGAUUUCAUAAUUAAAUAUUUCUGGGGUGCUAUGGGAUUGGUUCUUUGUUCGGUACCCGUUUUCUUUAAUAUAUCGGGUGACAAAAGGGAAAAUCUUGGCUCACGUGCUGAAGGAUUUAUAACCAACCGCAGAUUAUUGAUGAGUUCAUCUGAUGCAUUUGGUCGUAUUAUGUAUUCUUACAAAGAAAUUGCAGAAUUGGCUGGAUACACUGCUAGAGUUUUUGAACUUUUGGAUGUUUUUGAUGAAGUUAAAGCUGGUCGAUUUAAGAAACAACUCGUUUCAUCAGUUUCAAUUGAAGAGAACGCUAAAGUAUUGUCUGGCCGUGGCAAUGUCGUCAUAGAUGAAAACAUAGAAUUCAUCGAUGUUCCAAUCGUUUCUCCAAAUGGCGAUGUUUUGUUAAAAAAAUUGAGUUUCCACGUUAAACCUGGGAUGCACUUAUUAAUUGUUGGUCCAAAUGGAUGCGGUAAAAGCAGCUUAUUUAGAAUUUUGGGUGGAUUAUGGCCUGUUUACGGUGGUACCGUUCAUAGACCAAAUCCAAAGGAUAUUUUUUACAUCCCACAACGACCUUAUUUAUCACAUGGUACUUUGCGCGACCAAAUAAUUUACCCUCACACACCUCGUGAAAUGCAAGAACGUAACGUCACUGACCAAGAUUUACAAGAAAUUUUAAAUGUAGUUCAAUUGGGUAAUAUAGUUGAUCGUGAAGGUGGUUGGGAUAAAGAACGUGAAUGGAAAGACGUUCUUGCAGGUGGUGAUAAGCAAAAGGUUGCUAUGGCGCGAUUAUUUUACCAUCGCCCAAAAUACGCAAUCCUGGAUGAAUGUACAAGCUCUGUUGGUUUGGAAGUUGAGAAAAUUAUGUACACACAUGCUACUGAAUUGGGCAUUUCUUUAUUAACUGUUUCUCAUCGCCCAUCGCUUUGGAAAUAUCAUAAUUAUAUUCUACAGUAUGAUGGACAAGGUGGUUAUGUAUUCACAAAACUUGACGCACAACGUAGAUUGGAGUUACAAGAAGAGAAACAAAGUCUUGAACAAAAAUUAAUUGAGGUACCAAAGUUACAAUCAAGGUUAAAAGAAUUGAAAGAAAUGUUGCAAGAACGUGAUAAUUUAGCAAAUAAUCAAGGUGGAA